GCUGGGAGGCUUGAUGCGAGGCGAUCCAGGCAAGUCUGCGCUAACAGUUUAGUUUUCCUUCCAGGAGAGACAGCCAGAGGAGCUCUGCUCCUAUACAUGCUUCGGGAUUAUCAAGGAAUUUACUUCGUGCAAAUAACAAGGGUCCACUGCCCCGCCCCCCUCCCCCGGCUGGGGACUCUUCCCGACUUCACUUCGUGGGAUCCUGAGACCCCGGCCAGGCAACCUUAGCCUGGGGAUUGUGGCGUGAUCACUAAUGGGCAAGGUGUUUGGGUUCCUGGGCAAAACCUGCCAGCCAGUCCUGGCUGAGUCUCGGCCGCGCGCAGACCUGGGGGAGGCACAAGAGAAGAUGAAGCGGGAGCUGCCAAGGGAACACCCCGGCGCCUGGGGCCGCUCUCACGGCCUGGUUGGUUUGCACAACAUUGGGCAGACGUGUUGCCUCAAUGCCCUGAUUCAGGUAUUCAUGAUGAACGUGGACUUCACAAAGAUACUGAAGCGGAUAACAGUGCCGUGGGGAGAAGAAGAGCAGAAGAGGAGUAUCCCUGUCCAGCUGCUUUUGUUGCUGGAGAAGAUGCAGGACAGCCGGCAGAAGGCAGUGCGACCCAUGGAGCUGGUCCGCUGCCUCCAGAACUACAGUGUGCCCUUGUUUGUCCAGCACGACGCGGCUCAGCUCUACCUCACAAUCUGGAACCUAACAAAGGAUCAAAUCACAGACGUGGACUUGGCAGAGCAGCUGCAGGCCCUGUUCACAAUCCAGAUAGAGGAGUGCCUGGUCUGCCUGAGCUGUACUCUGCGGAGCAGCCGAAGCAGUAAUCUGCUAACCCUCUCUCUUCCUCUUUUUGACACGGACUUGAAGCCCCUGCAGAAGCUGGAGGACGCUCUGCACUGCUUCUUCCAGCCCAGGGAGUUAGGGCACUCAGACACGUGCUUCUGUGAGAAGUGUGGGGAGAAGACGCCUUGGCAACAGGUCUUGAAGCUGACCCAUUUGCCCCCAACUUUGACCAUCCACCUCAUGCGAUUCUCCAUCAGAAAUUCACGGACAGAAAAGAUUUACCAUUCAGUGUGCUUCCCCCAGAGCUUGGAUUUCAGUCAGGUGCUUUCAACUGAGCAGUACCCUGGUGUUUCUGGGGACCAGGCUGAAGGACAGUAUGAACUCUAUGCUGUGAUUGCUCAUGUGGGGAUGGCUGACUUUGGUCAUUACUGUGCCUAUGUCCGGAAUCGUGUGGAUGGAAAAUGGUUCUGCUUCAAUGACUCCCACGUUUGUUGUGUGUCCUGGGAAGAUAUCCAGUGUACCUAUGGGAAUCACAGCUGUCACUGGAGGGAAACUGCAUAUCUUCUGGUAUACAUGAAGACUGGAUCCUAAUGGAUAUACUCAAACCUUUAGAGAUUGACACAAUAUUAUUUCCCCUUUCUGCUGCAUCUUGUAAGAGAUUUUGUACCAGAAGAAAUACAAUUUUAAAACUGUAAUUAAGUCUCAUUCAUAAGGAGAAGUGAUUAUUGCUGUGGCUUGGACGUGUUGUCUCCCAAAGAUUUACAUACUGGAGGCAUGGUCCUCAGUAUUAUGGCUUUGCUGAGAUGGGGGGGAGCCUUUAAGAGGUGGGGCCUGGUGAGAGUGAUUAGGCCCAUGGGCUCUUUCUCUCCUGUAUACUAGAAAUCCCUUUUCUGUUUCUCCAUCAUGCUGUGAUACAACCAGGGACCCUGGCCACAGCUAGUGCUUAUGUUGGCUAGACCCUCAAGUCAUCAGAAUUGUGAGUCAAAUAAACUUUGUUGCACAGUA